CAAGCGUCUGUCAAAUGUUUAUUAUUUUGACAACUAAGGGCCAUAAAAACAUUUUCUGGUAUAUAUAGUCAUAAAAAUUGAUAGAUGAAAUGCAUAUCCAUUGACAGAAUCUUCAAAAUACGAUAGACUUUCAUUAAAAAAAUAUCGAAGUAGAAAUUUAAAAAUGAAGAGGAACUUAUCAAUAUCUAUGGACUUAUCAAAGAUGAAAAACAGGCGAGCUAAACAUGGAGAACACUAUGUACCAACAGACGUGGAACACAUUGCCAACAUGAUCACACAUGGGAUCUGGAUCCUUCCGAGCCUGUAUGGCAUAAAGACGAUGACGGAGAAUGCUACGUCCACCAAAGAAGUUGUCACUCUAAUGAUUUAUGGCAUGGCACUUUUCUUUUUAUUUACCACGUCCACCUUAUACCACUGUUUCUCAUUUGCUGGUGCAAAGGGGAUGUUACGUCAUUUUUUUCACCUUGGUGACAGGGCAGUAAUCUAUGUCUUCAUAGCAGCAUCUUACACCCCAUGGUUGGUAUUGAAGGAUUUUGGAGGUGUGGCUGAGUUUUUCAUGUGGGUUGUGUGGAUAGGUUGUAUCCUGGGAAUCAUAUUCCAAUUCUUGUUCCAUGCAAGAUACAAGUCUCUAGAAAUAGUAUUUUACAUGGUAGUCGGUAUAUGCCCGGCUUAUGCAGUAACGCAUAUGACUGACCCUGCAGGUGUCUAUGAGCUUGCUAUAGGAGGUGUUAUAUAUGUGUCCGGUGUCAUAUUCUUCAAACUAGAUGGCAUUGUACCAUUUGCUCAUGCCAUCUGGCAUGUUUUUGUUGGUCUUGGAGCAUUAGCGCAUUUUUAUGCGAUAAACAAAUAUCUUGUUGGUAUACAUGAUCCUAAAGAAUCCAUCAAUGAAAUAGAUCAUCUAAUUUGAUGUUGAUGUUUUAUAGAAUAAUCAAUUUUGUUUUUAAUUUUUCUUAUUUAUGAACAUUGUUAUUAUAGUUCACACACUCCUUUAACAGUACUUUUUAUGGAUUUCUUUGUAAUUGUCAGUAGGCAGAGCAAGUUUGUAAUGUGGAGGUCUGAAAAAAAGUGGAAAGCUUUCAAUUAUCUAUUAUUGUUGGUGUUUUGGAAUUUUCUGCUUUCAAAAAAUGAAAAAAAUUUUGCUAGUAUUUAAAGGGGACUAGGUGAGAAACAAAUUCAAAAUAUUUACAUCGCUUCUGCAUUUGCAAUGAUAAACCUCUAUGACUCAUGUGUUUUAGUUCCAGAUAAACUUGCAUUGCUAUGGUGUCAUGUAAAGGUAGAGCAUUAUAGAGAACACAACCCUUAAUUGGCAAUUAUUGCUUACAUAUGUCACGUUGUUGCACAAGAUAAAUGCAUUACACUAGAAAUUAUCCAUGGAAAGGAUGAUUUAUAAUGUGACUAAAAUACAUUUGCUAUUCCAUCAAUUACUAUUGAUUGAUGAUUUUGUCAUUUCAGAAAUCAGUUAGAUCACUUGAAAGGUAAAAACAGGUUUAGGUAUGAGCCGUCUGUCUCCACAGGCAUUAAACAAGUUCACAUAUUUCACAACUAAACUAGCAACUGUAUGGAUUUUUUAAAAUUCAUUCUUUUCUUUACAAAAUGGUCGCCAAAUCAAACUGCUUAAUGAGCCAUAGAAAUUUUUAACUUUCAAAUAAAUUUGAGAAAUUUAGAAGAAUUUCAUGAAAAGUGCUGUUAUGAAGAGGUGUACUGGACAUUCAUUUCUCUUUUUUUUAUUGUGCUAGACAUGAGAGUGUUACCAUCUUAUAUUUUAAACUUUAUAACUUUUUUUCCCAAUUAUUAAAUGAAAAACGUUAUUGUAUUGGUUUUUAAUUGUUUAAAUUGUAUAUUUGUAUAUGUUUGUACAUGAGGUUUUAUUUAUUCUUCAUGUUUCCAGACUAACUGUCUCAUAGUGCAUAAUAUCAGUUAAUAAUGAUUAAUUCUAGAAGGAAUCCUUUGCCCUUAUACAGACUGUGAACAUAUGUACUUAAUGUAAGCUGUGUAUUUAAGUUUUGUUUUGUAUUGUUUGACAAUGGGGAGAAUUUUUUAUUUAGAAAAAAACUUUAAAUGUCAGAAUGUCAGUAGAGACUAAUUAAAAAAAAAUGCAAUAUAGGUCUCUGAACAGAGACCACCUGGCUCUGAAAACAUAGGUUUUCUUUCCUUUUUUAACAUUUUAAGUAUAUUUUAACCUGUGAUUGACUACCACCUGCCAAUAAAUACUUCUUUUUUGUCUCUCCAUAUCAUCACCUCAGUGCAAAAAGUGGAUAACUCCAUUGACUUAAAGAAGGACUUAUUCACUGCUUGCGUUAAGGUGAUGAUGUGGUGGUCAUUAUAGACAGGUUUAACUGUAGGUAGAAAAAAUGAAAAAUGGAACUUUUUUUGUUAACCAGAAACUUCUAAAUAUGGAUUUGGCUUGUCUCAGUGAUACAAAUAUUUAUCUAAUUCUCCAGGAAAGUACAACCAGUAUAAGUUUUUCACAAAUUGGUCUGGCCAAAUUAAAAAGAAAUAUCAGACUAAUGUAUGGAAAAGUAUUGACAUUAAUUAUUUCAUGUUUAGAAGUGAGUAUAUUCUGUCGGAAGGGAUAUUUUUCUAUAAAUAAAUAUGUUGAAUAUUUAUAUUACAUUUAUGGGAGAUGUGUUUCUGUGUUUGGUAGGAUAUAAUAUGUAUAUAAUGACAAAGGAUUCCUUACAUCUUUUUUAAUUAGUUCCCUAGAAUUUACAGAUGUCCAUUAAAAUUCAACCUUGCCAGAAAUAUAUUUAUUGUCAGUAUUUAAAUGAAGUUAAAUUCUUCAUUCCUUGCACGUUUUCAGUGGAAUUUAAAUGGUUCUCAGUGUGUUCUUGGUUAUAUACUAAUCAAAUUUUCUGACGUCACCUGGAUAUUUUAUGUAGUAUCUUUCAAAACAUUAGCAGUAUAUUUAUCAAAUGUCUUACGUUUUUAGAAAGCAAUUUCUAAAUAAGAUAUUAUAAUUUCAGGAAGUUCAAAUUGUGCAAAGACAUAACUCUUAUUUAUUUUACGACCUCUACCCAUUUUUAAAAAGUCAUAGAAAUACACAUACAGGUAUUGUAUUUAUAAAACCAGUAAAUAUAAUUUAUAAGGAAACAGAGUUAGAUACUGACUUUCACUGAUAUAUGGGCAAAUAUCAAACCAAAUUUUAAAUUGUCAUACCAAAGACGUAAAAAGUGGUACCAGUAGCUCCCUUGCUUGGCACUUAGUAUUUAAAGGGAAACUUGUCUCUUCUCUCAUACCCUCGUGGCAAUGGAUCAUUCCAUCAGGAAUGAGGUGUCGAGAGUGAUUAAUAUAAGCUGUAGAACUUGUUUCAUAAUCAACCGAAAAUAAAUUAGUAUAAACUAAAUUGUUCCCAGAAUGAAGAAGUUACAUUGUUUUUGUCAUUAUUGUCCUGCCUUAUGCUGAAAUUUGCUCAUUUCUAAAUUUUAGACAUAAAAUUUAUGUUUAUUUUUGUGACUUUAAAAUUGGGUCAAAAUAAAAAUAAAUUGAUACCAUAGCAUCACUUAAUUUUGUUGAAAUUUUGAUAUGUUAUUAACAACAAAUUUGUGCAAAACAUUUUAAAAAAUAUACUAUUAUUACUAUGAAAGAUGUCUAAGAUAUGGAGGGGGCAUUUAAAAAUUUGUUAAGUGUAUUAUAUGUUUAAGGACAUGUUUUAUACAUUGAAGGUACCAUUAAAAACAAUAAUUUAUUAUAGAGACAGUUAAUUUUAUGUAUUUUCUGAGACUAUUCCGAUGUUCAUGGCAUCUGUAUAUUUUUGAAAGAAUAUCUUACAUAAAGACUGGAGAUUUAUGGUUGAUAUUUCAAAACACAGCAUUCUUACUAUAUUUUUAUUAGAUGUAUAUUGUGAUAUUUUUGUACGUUGUACUGUUUAUCUGCCAUAACUGAUGUCACUAGUUACAUGUAAUAAAUUUGUGCACUGUUAACUGCCAUGACUGAUGUCACAUUAGACUUAAUACAUUGACAUACUGUUUAUCUGCCAUGACUGAUGUUACAUUAGACUUAAUACAUUGACAUACUGUUUAUCUGCCAUGUGUGAUGUCACUCUGGAGUUAACACAUUGACAUACUGUUAAUCUGCCAUGUGUGAUGUCACUCUGGAGUUAACACAUUGACAUACCGGUACUGUUAAUCUGCCAUGUGUGAUGUCACUCUGGAGUUUAUACAUUUAUGCUGUAAAAGCUUUAUCAGAAGGCUAGCAUAAAUUUGUCAGUAGGUUAUCCAAAUAGUUCUCAUUUUUGGCAGCUAGAACAGUUUGAUAAGUUAAUACUUUUAGAUUUUCAAGUAUUUAUGCUUACACUGUAUCAUAUACAUGUAUAUGGAACAAACUAAACAUGAUAUUUAUCUCUCUGUGGCAAGUAGCUGCAUAUUGUAUGAAAUGAGAUUCAUUCUAGGCAGAAUGUUACCUGUCAGUUUAAAAAUUCCAUUGCAUUUAAUAUAGAAAAUAGCAGUUUCUACAUCCCUCCUUGCUUAGAUCAUCAUCAGUUAUGUUAGCUACCCUCAUACUGUUCAGAAUGAAUGAAUGAAUAAGAAAUACUUGAGAGGGUUUAAGAUGUUUUUCUAUGUCAUUAGUACAAAAUGAAAGACAGCCAAAUGAAUUAGAUCAGCUAUAAUGAUCAGAGUCUUACUUGGAUGUUCAACUAAUGGUACUGUAGAUAUAUGCAGCCAGGAAGGUCUAAUACGGGGAGUAGAAACUCCGUAUAAAUCAAUACAUUUAUCUGUAUUAUGCUGUCGUCCAUACCUGUAAAUAUCGACCAGUCGUUAGCGAUCGAUAUUUUGUUUUCGCCACUAUCGAUUAGCGUGUAAUUAGCAUAUUACCUCGUAUUAAUCAUGGAGCUAUAACUCUUUUUGUUCAAAGGGUUUACCAGUCACAUGUUAAGUGGCGAUGAUCAGAGAUUGAUCUAAAGGGAUUCCGAAGGAAAAACAGCAUGCGGCUGCAUGUGGCGUUAUGCUUAAUUAUUAUGAAUUAACUCGAGCUCACUUCCCUGAAGAAAUAUUUUACCACGUAACUUCAAACCUUUAUCAAAGGACCGAUUUUUGUUGGAUUUGAAUAAAUAAAAUGGAAAAAAAAACAAAAAACAGAAAGCUGACACUUUUCUUAAUCUUGUAGAGCCAUAAUUAUAAUUAUUGUUUAUAAUGUCAGAUUUCUACAUACAGAAACAAACAUUCUUCUUGAACGCAGAGAAUGUUUCAAACGAAAUUGUUGUUUUAACUCCAAAAAUUAGUUUAAUAAUUUAAUCUUAAAACUGAUGUGUGAAAAAUACAAUGCAUUUAAAUGAAAAUAACAAUAUUUUUUUUUAAAAGGCCGACAACGAAGUUACAUUUAGUAUUCCGAACUUUUAGAUACAACUGCAGAAAAUCAUCUAGGUUUAACACGCAUUUAAAUGGUGAAGAACAAAGCAAUAUCAUAAACAAAUAUUUUCAGGCAACAGUUUACAGUUUCGACUUGCUAUUUUCAUUAAAAUAUGUCAUAAUUUUAUUGUUCUAAAUACUCGGAAUCAACAAGGCAAAUAUCAUGUAAAAAACGACAUCUUUCUCUCUGGGUAAGACAAGCCUAGAUUUAGCCAUUUUCACAGGGUGAAAAGUAACAAUAAUGUAGAUAUUUUCAAUUUAAAAACAGAUGCAGGUAAUAAUUUCAUGGCUGAACUUUUGUUUGCAACAAAAAAUUCAACAAAUGCUUUUCCAGAUUUUCACUGAAAGGACGAGUUAAACUGUAAGGCGUAAGUGUGUGAGUAAUAGCAGAAUAACCUACGGCAUACACUUCGAUUGGACGACAGCAUAAGAUAAGAUAAAUGCCGCUUUCCAGUCCCCGUAUCAGUUGUUCCAGAUGCAGCCUAUGAUAUUAUUGUGUGAUAAUGAUUGUGUUGUAAUAUGGUGCUAGCAUAAAUAUCUAGAAAAUUUUACUCAAUGGCAUAUUGAAUUGUUUUGACAUUUAAGAAUUUAGAUUAUACUGACCCCACAUUCAUUAAACUUCGAAGGUGAUAUUAUAGAAUUUGGUGCUUUUUUAGGUAUCAUGUCUUUUAGUUUGGAAAUAACUAUAUGUAUCCUACUUUUUUACUUACAUUUUAACAUUUCUACAGUGAGACUAGACUACUAUGUCCAAUUUAGUUGAGAUUCUUGUUAUGUUUUGAUAUAUGAGCUGCACCAUGAGAAAACCGCCAUAGUGCAUUUGCCACCAGCAUGGAUCCAGACCAGCCUGCGCAUCCAUGGAUCUGGUCUGGAUCCAUGCUGGUCGCAAAUGCACUAUGGCGGUUUUCUCAUGGUGCGGCUCAAUAUUAUGUCAGUAAUUAAAAUAAAGUUUGUAAGUUUUACAGUUACUGAUGACACUUUCUUUCUGCAAGUAGACAAUUGUGUUCGCUUUCAUUAAAUCAUUACCAUUUUCCGUAUUUUACAUUUCUUAAGAAAAUCCAGUCAUAACCUUUCAGUAUUACUCUUCUUUAACUAUUAGCCUGCUGGCAGCAAGUGAUUCUGCCUUUGUGACCAGUGCAAGCUGUUUAUGGUCUACACUGUUUGCUAUCCAGUUUGUAAAUUUUCAGUGAACACCCCUUCAAAUAGUAAAUGGUAUUGCCCAAGUUGAAUGAUAGACCAGUCUGUUUUAGAAUUUUAGCAGGCUAAAGGUUAAUCAGGGCUAAACUUUUCUUGCUUGAAUGGUCUCAAGCAUAGCCUUCUCUUUCCUAUAGUCCUGUUGUACAUGUACAUAGGAAGAAAAAAUGCGAGACAAUUAAAUUUGUGUCAGCUACAACAAGCUGUGACUUCAGUGUUUUCUGACAUGUGUAUUU